GGUAUCCAAUAAUCCAAGAUUCUACAAGAGGUUAAGUAUAGGUAUUACUCAAGUAAGAAGGUUAAAAAGAUAAAAAUUGAUAAGGAUUACUUAAGUAUAAAUGAUUUUAAUAUUUAUUCCUAAACUUUCUUAAAAAUGGAACCUGCCAAAGUUAAGAACAAGAUUGGUGACAUUUUUAGUAAUAUGGCUUAUGGACCUAACUUUGAAGAUACAAAACUUGCAAUUGAAUGGUUAAAGACUAAAAAAUCUUCCUUUUUCGCAUAUAUAAAAAAACCAACAGAGGAAUUGAAUGGGACACCAUUACCUUUAUUAAGUACAAUUAAUCAAGAACAACUUUGUACAAUAAAUGUGCCAGAUAUUGAUACUGUUAAAAAAAUUUUGGAACAAGAAGAAAAAUCAUGGAAAGGGGUAAAUCCAUUGGAGAAAAUAAAAAUAAUCAACAAAAUUGGAUUAGGGAUUGAAAAAAAGGCCGAACUUUUUGCCCAGUUGGAGAUAUUAACUAGAGGAAUUCUAUCAAAACAUACCAAAAGUAAAGCUGUAACCCUGUUAGCUCAAUACUUUCAAUAUUAUUCAGCAUUUGCACUUCGCUGUGAAGCAGAAUGUAAAGAGCGUGGUAUUGCAGUUGGAGUCAUAUCAAAUGAAAAUUAUUUAGCUCAUUUAGGUCUAUUCGUCGCCCCUGCUUUGGCUGCUGGACAUAAUGUUGUUUUACAAAUUGGAUCUCUAUUAGCACCUGCUGCUUUUUUGCUUCAAGAGAUUGCAUUAUUAGUUGGCCUACCAGAGGGUACUUUGAAAAUCAUUCCUUCCGACGAUGGAGAACUUGUACCAUAUUUCACCAUGGAUAAUGUUAAAGUUAUUUCAUUAUUUGUGGAUUUAAAUAAUGAUAAAUAUCGUGGAUGUCAUAAUCAUAACAAACAUCUAAUUGUCUUAUCAACAUAUAAGACACCCGCUGUAAUUUUUGAUAGUGCUGAUUUAGAUGCAGCAUCUGAGGGUAUAAUAGAUUCAUCGUGGAGUUACCAGAGUAUGUUGCCAUGGUCAACGAAUACUAUCUUAGUACAAGAAAAUAUUUUUCCAACAUUUCUAGCCAAACUAAAAUCAAAACUUAAAACAUUAGAAGUAUCUACUGCAGAUAACAAGUCAGCACGUAUAUCUAUCAAUUUAAAUAAUACGUCACAGUUGAAUGACUUGAAUAAUAGUAUAAAACAAGCAAGACUUCAAGGAAUUGAAGUUUUUCAAUCCACAGAUAAGUCUGACGUCUGGAAUCCAACUGUCUUUGUAGGAGGCAAAAUUAACCAUAAUGCUCUGGGUUCUAAAGACGGCCAAUCUAAUGUUAUCACUGUCGUGGCAUUUAGGUCUAUUGACGAGGCCGUUAGUUUAGCGAAUAAUUCCAACCAAGGAUUAUGGGCUUCAGUUUGGUCUGAUAAUGCAAACCUCAUUAAUGAAGUAACAAGAAAACUAAAGGUUAGCAAUAUAUCUGUAAAUGGUAGCUAUGAACUUUCACCAGAAGUUGUUAUAUCUCCUACUAAGGACAGCGGAAUGGGAUUCUUCGGAGGAAGAGAAGGUUUCAUGGAGUAUUUAUCAGGACCAAUUGUGCCGACAUGUUGUACUAAAUUAGAACGUAGCGACUCAGUUGCUAAUGUUGAUUCAAUUGUUAAUACUGCUAAAAAAGCACAAGAGAGUUGGCAAAAGAUACCAAGUAUUCAGAAACAAAAAAUACUACAAGAUUUUGCUGAAAAUUUAUCUACGUUAAAAAGUAGCGAAUGGGUAAAUGAUUUACUGAAAUGCGUUUAUAAAUCAAUCCAUAAUUCAUCAAGCAACAAUGUCACAUCUACUAUUUGUGGAUAUAACUUAACUUCAAUUAGAGAACCCCGAGGACUUAUUGUUAUCGACGUUUGUCAAUGUAAAAAUGCCGAACUAAUUAUGGCUUCCAUAUAUGAAGGGAAUGCAUUAAUCAUUUUACAUGAUGAUAGCAGCGAUUCAGAAAUAAAACUACUUAGCAGCAAACUGCCAAAUGGAGUCCUCAACAUAAUACCACAUGGUACAAAUAUCUUGGAAAAAUUGUCAAAAAAUGAAAAAAUAAAUUGUUAUUUUGGAGACGAUUGUCAGAAAAUAUUUGCUUCCUUGCCACUGAGGGAUUCAAAAAAGUAUAUGAACGUUCCAGUACAGAUGAAAGACUUUAAAACCAAAACAGGGAUUAUAAAGAACAUUUUGAGUGAUAUUGGAAAAUCCAUUUCCAUCCAAUAUAUUAAAUUUUCUUCAGUACACAUUUUAUCAGACCGGAAAAAAGACGCUUAUUCGUGUCAAAAGCUGCCAAAUGUAUUACUCAACAUAAUACUCCAAAUGGAGUACUCAACAUAUUGGGACCGUGCAAGUUCGGCAAAGCGACACCUGGUUUCUACGCUCAGCAACAUUAUUCGCACUUUUAAUUAUAUUAGUCCUCGUUACUGGAUAAUUGUCAAGGCCAUAGUCCAAAAAAAUAAUAAGAAGAAAAAUAAGAUUCAGGUUAUGUUAUUAAAACGUAAACAAUUGUAUGUAGUAAAUAAAAUUAGAUAUUAAAAUGCAGUACAGCAAGCAAAAUACAAUUAAUUAAAUUUACCUUUAUAUAAUAAUUGCAUAUCAUAUCAAUAUUGUGGAGCAAUAUAUAAUUUUUCUUCUUCAAUGACAGUAGGUAUAAAAUAUACGUCAAUUUGACAAUAUGAAUUAUUUAAGAAAGUUGCAAUAUUUCUCCGCUAUUCUCGCACGACCGUUUCUCGUAUCCCCUCCAAGUACUUGCACACCCCGAAUAGAAAAAUUAUCAAAAAAUGAAAAAAUAAAUUGAUAUUUUGGAGACGAUUGUCAGAAAAUAUUUGCUUCCUUGCCACUGAAGGAUUCAAAAAAGUAUAUGUACGAACGUUCGAAUGCAGACGAAAGACUUAAAAAGCAAAACAUUGAUUAUAAAGAAUAUUUUGAGUGACAUUGAAAAAUCCAGUACAUGCCGUUUUUAUUACAUUUUAAUUUGUAAAAACGAAAUAUAUAUUUUUUUAGUCUUGUGUUUCAUAA